AUGCUUUAUCUAGUACAAAUUCCCACAAGAAGUAUAAUAAGACCAAUAAUAUCAAACCUGGCGAAUCAGAAAGCACCAUCAACGAUAAUACAAAAGACGACACCCACAAUAAUACCACACGCCUCUUUACACAGUUCUCGCGUGUAUAACAGUACUACUGCUAGUUCAAGUGAUGGGUCAACAGGUAAAGAAUACCUUGUACCUAAAACGGGCACAUACCCAAAAGGGUUCAAAGCAACCGGUCUCCACUGUGGCGUAAAAAAGAACGGAAAGAAAGACCUCGCGCUAAUAGUUUCUGAAGUACCGUGUACAGCCGCCGCAGUAUUCACAACCAACGUAUUUAAAGCAGCCCCGGUUCUAGUAUCUCGUGAAAUACUAGAAAAGAACCCCACUAACAUUAGAGCGUUAAUAGUAAACUCUGGGUGCGCGAACGCGGUAACAGGCACAGAAGGUUUAAAAAACGCACGACAAGUCUCGGAUUCUGUGUCGUUAUUGACUGGGACACCAGAUAGCGUACUUUCCAUGUCAACUGGCGUCAUUGGCCAACAUAUUCCCGUCGAAAAAAUUAUCAAUGGUGCGCGAAUCGCGUUUCAUCGUGGGUUGGGUGAAUCGCAUGAUAGUUGGCUGGCAGCCGCAGAAGGAAUAAUGACCACUGACACGUUUCCAAAAAUACGCUCACGAGAGUUCACAAUACCUUCUAAUGGGUUGACGUAUCGUAUGGCUGGGAUGUCGAAAGGCGCUGGGAUGAUACAUCCAAAUAUGGCAACGUUGUUAGCUACCGUAUUGACAGAUGCACCUGUUACAGAAAAUGUGCUGAGUAGCGCGUUGAAAUAUGCUGUGGACAGAUCGUUUAAUGCGAUUAGUAUUGAUGGUGAUAUGAGCACGAAUGAUACUUUUGCUGUGUUGGCUAACGGAGCAGCUGCAGAUUUGAGUAAGAAAGAUGGGGCCAUUAUAGAUCAGUUGGAUAGUAAAGAUUUUGUACAGUUUCGAGAUGACCUUGCUGAUUUUGCGACUGAAUUGGCUCAGUUAGUCGUACGAGAUGGUGAAGGCGCGACAAAAUUUGUGACCAUAAAUGUCAAGGGUGCACAAACCUUCACCGAUGCCAAACAAAUAGCAUCAACAAUCGCCACAUCUUCACUCGUAAAAACUGCUUUAUUCGGCCAAGAUGCCAACUGGGGUCGCAUACUCUGUGCAGUCGGCUAUUCAGGUGUAAAAUCAAUCAUCCCAUCAAAUGUCUCCGUGUCAUUCAUCCCAACUGACGGCACAUCACCUCUGAAUCUUCUCGUCAACGGCGAACCAGAACUUGUUGACGAAAAACGUGCCAGCGAAAUUCUGGCGAUGGAAGACUUGGAAAUUAGUGUUGAUCUCGGCGUUGGGGAUCAAUCGGCCAAAAUGUGGACCUGUGAUUUUAGUCACGAGUAUGUGACUAUUAAUGCCGACUAUCGAACUUGA